CUUCAUGAUAUUAAAACCACAGAAAAAGAUAAACUUGCUAAAUCACUGAAAGAUAUAAUAACUAAAGAUAUCAACUCCAGUAAGAAAGUAGAUAUGGAACAUAUCAUAUUCAUCAUAUUUGCAAUACUCGAUAGCGAAUCUUUAGUAUUUUUGAAUAACAUAGCAGGAGAUUAUACUAAAAAAGUAAGAGAAUAUUUGAGGGCUAACUUCAAAUAUAAUGAUCAGAAGAGUGACCUCGAAAAAAAUAACAAGAAGAUUGAUUACGAAAAUAAUGAUCAGAAGAGUGACAAUGAUCAGAAGAGUGACAAUGAUCAGAAGAGUGACAAUGAUCAGAAGAGUGACAAUGACCAGAAGAAUGACGAAGAUAUUGAUAAAAAAAUUGAUCGAUAUAUUGAGAGGUUUAUUAUGAUUAGAGUACUAGUAGAAAUUAUUUUAAAGAAUAUUCCACUUAUUAUUAUUAUGUCGAUUUAUACUUCAUCAAUAGUGAUCUACUCUUAUAUGCCGUUUAUGGCAUUGAGUAUAUCAGGUACCUCAUACCCUCUUAAUUCACCGCAAGUAGUAGACGUUCAAACUUAUGAUGAUGGAACAAUUCUUGUUAGUAUUGCACGGGAAAUUACACAAAACAAACAAGUAAUAUCAGGAAAUCCGACAUAUAAUUGUAUGGGACAGAAUUUAGAGCAAAUAUUACGACUAAGAUUAAUUCAAACAGAUGGAAGCAUUAAAGAAAUUAAUCCCCAUUUGAACCUUGAUCCUAUAAAUUAUUGCAUAUUUAAUGAUUCAUAUGGAAAUCCUGUGAAUCCUAUUUCAAUAUUUCCUUUAUAUAAACCGUAUAUUCUAAUAAAUUAUGUGAAAGCUCCAGUUUUAAAUGAUCCUACAACUUAUGAAGAGUGGGGAAAUGUCAUUGAUUGGGAUGGUAAAAAUAUAAGUGAAGUAUAUUAUGGUCCGUCUUACAGUUAUUAUCCUAAUGGCAAUUUUUCAAACACUCCGAUUUGGAGUCCACGAAGUUUAAUUCAGCUAAAUGUAAACAAGAAACAAGGAUUUUUUAGACUCAGCACUACAGAAUGGCAGCAAUAUUCAGUGUAA